AUGUUCUUCAGAAGUAUAGUGGCGGCGUCCGCCCUCCUCUACUCGACUGCCACCGCACAAACAGCAUGCAACAACUCGCCAUCAUUGUGCUCGAGAGCUUACAACAACAUCACACAACUCGGAGCGCACGAUUCGCCCUUCCUGCGUAACAAGAACACAUCCUUCUCCACUUCAGGUAACCAUUACUACGACACAACAACCCAACUGGAUGCCGGCGUGCGAUUUCUCUCCGCGCAAGUGCACAAGAACAACAACGGAACCGGUGCAAAUGAAUGGCAUCUCUGCCACAGCUCCUGCGAUCUCCUCGACGCCGGUACUCUCGAAUCCUGGCUCUCAACAAUCAAAACAUGGAUGGACAAGAACCAGAAUGAUGUCGUCACGGUCCUCAUCGUUAACUCCGACUCCGCGACUGCCUCCGACCUAGGCUCACAAUUCAACUCCUCUGGCAUCUCAGAAUACGCUUACACACCGGCCUCUACCAGCAUCCCCACAACAUGGCCUACACUUGAUAACCUGAUCGGCAAUGGUACGCGCUUGAUGACCUUUGUUGCCUCGCUCAGUGAAGCAUCGCCACAGUAUCCCUUCCUUAUGGACCAAUUCACCUACACCUUCGAGAACAGUUACGAGAACGUGAACCCAAGCAACUACUCCUGCACACCUAGCCGCCCGACCGGACUCACCACAUCCACCGUCGCUUCUUCAGGUCGUCUCUUUGUGAUGAACCACUUUCUGUACGAGACGCAGCUUUUCGGUAUCCAGAGUCCUAACGAGACGUACGCAAGCACCACAAACGCCCAGACCGGAUAUGGUAGUCUCGGUUCGAGUAUAAGCAACUGUACUAGUGUGUACGGCAAGGCGCCGUGGGCCGUGAUGGUCGACUUCUUCAACGUUGGGCCUGCGAUCGCGAGCGUAGAUGCUGCAAACGGUGUUACAGGGGCCACUGGCAGGAGGAGUCUAAGUACAGCGCCAUUAACGCAAGAGAGCGAGGGUGGUGUGGCGAAGGCGCAGGGCAGUUUAUUGGCGGUCGUCGUGGCGGUUGUAGUCGCUGUUGCUUUUGGCGUGUGA